AUGUCAUGGUUAACACGAACUCCCAUCUAUCACCCCUACCAAUCAUUGAUCUCCAUCUUCGUUCUUUGGAAGGCCUUUCUACUUCUCCUCGCCAUCCUAACCCCCGGUCCCGGGUAUGAUACCUCAACGACCUUAGCUCAGUGGUACAGGGACUCCAGUGACAUCAAGGGACUAUUCCCAACCUUUUUGAGACAAGUAUCUACCAGGCUGACUAGGUGGGAUGCCAUCUACUUCACCGAGGCGGCAAGACGUGGUCAUGUUUUUGAGCAAGAAUGGGCGUUCAGUUAUGUUUUCUCGAAGUUUAUCAAUCUCUUAGCCGCUGCCUCCGAACGCACUGGUGCUUUUCCCUAUGAAUUCAAGGAAAGUGCACUCGGUGUUGCCGUGGCCCACGUGGCUCAUGCCACCUCUGCAGCGGUUCUCCAUGGUCUAGCAUGUACCAUCUUUCCGGGGAUACAGGGACGCAAGCUGGCUUUCAUCGCAGCAUGCUUGCACAUUCUCUCGCCCGCCGGCCUUUUUCUGUCAGCUCCCAACGCAGAAAGCACUCAUUCUCUUCUGAGCUUCACGGGCGCUCUCCUAUUUGCUCGGAGCUUGAGUGUCUCGGGCAUUUCAACAAGCAUCCAAGAUGGCCUGUUAGUGCUUGCGGGCAUCAUGUACGGCCUAUCCACGGCUGCUCGUGGAAAUGGCCUUCUCAAUGGUGUCAUCCUUCUCGAGGAAGCAUUUCGUGUCCUGUAUUCCAUCGCGCAGGACUUCAGCUUCGCCAAAUUCCGGCGACUCGCCGCGGUUGGUCUUGCCGGAAUCUGCGCCGGGCUCGGAUUUAUACUGCCGCAGUAUAUUGCUUACCAACAGUUCUGCGCUAACCGUACCCUUACCGACGAAUGGCCGUCAAGGGAAUGGUGCUACCGAGCUAUUCCCAGCAUCUACAGCUUUGUGCAAGAGCAUUACUGGGACAAUGGGUUUCUUCGAUAUUGGAAUCUGUCCAAUCUACCAUUAUUUGCGUUGGCCAGUCCAGUGUUAGCCAUUUUAGUCUACUCUUCCGUUUGGGCACUCAAUGUGGAGUCAGGCCUGAAAAUUCCCAGUACAACGCCACAAGAUUUCCCAACAGGACAACUGACAGGGCGUCUGUUGCGUAGCCUAGCGAUCCCUCAAAUCAUCCUUGCCGUUGUACUGUUUUUCUGCAAUCAUGUUCAGAUCAUCAUUCGGUUGUCGUCUGGUUAUCCAGUGUGGUAUAUCUGGGUAGCAACUCUUAUCCUGGACUGCUAUCCUGCUUAUCCAUCUGCACGAAAGAAGCAUCUGGAGGGACGCGGUUGCGGACAGGCAAUUGUCCAGUAUAUGGUGAUAUAUGCAGCUGUACAGGGCGUGCUUUUUGCAUCCUUUCUACCGCCAGCUUAA